AUGACCCCUUCGGUAACAACGAACGGAAACGGCUCUGCACCGGCUAGCAGCAGUACCCCUGGUGUCCAAACCAAGGUUCUCCUGACCGGAAAGGUCAUCGCAGUAACGGGGGCGAACCGCGGAAUUGGGCUCGGCGUCGCAGAGUGCUGCCUGGAUAAUGGCGCUGCCACUGUCUACUCAAUAGAUCUGGCUGAGCCCGGUGAGGAGUUCGCUGCGAUCGAGAAGAGGUACCCUGGGCAGCUCAAGGCAAUCCCGGCCGACAUCACCAAGGAGGCGAGCGUUACCGCCGCCGUCGACCGCAUCGUGCAGGAGGCCGGCGCCAUCCACGGCAUGGUCGUCAACGCCGGCCGGACCAACCACAAGUCCGCGCUAGACUUUACCGAGGAGGAGAUCCACGCCCUGUUUGCUGUCAACCUAUUUGGUGCUUUCUACACGGCGAGAGCCGCUGCUCGCGCGUUCAUCAAACUGGGGAUCAAGGGUUCGGUUGUCUUCACGGCGUCUAUGGCCUCAUACCGGCCCAACAAGCGCGUGCCGUCGGCUCCGUACGGCGCAUCCAAGGCGGGCGUCCGCAACAUGACACACACGCUCGCCAUGGAGUGGGCCAAGUACGGUAUCCGUGUCAACUCGGUCUCUCCGGGCCUCGUCGAGACAGCCAUGACCUACUGGGUCCCGCAACAGCCCGACUGGGAGCAGCAGCUCAAGUACUACGGGGGCAUGCCCCGGCUGGCCCAAGUCCAGGAGCUGGGCGGCGCCUACGUCUACCUCCUCAGCGACGCCGCCAGCUAUACCACUUCAAUAGACAUCCCCAUCAACGGCGUUAUCGGAAUCUGUUAG